AUCAUUCAAGCACCAAACAGAACCAUCGAUGGAGAAAGAAGAUCAGAGCGACCUUCCCUCUCCUCUUCAUCAAACACUUCCAGAGACGAUCACCUGUGGACAGAGACGCUCCAGAGACGGUACCUGAGGACUUUGAGGAGAUCACAGCAGCAGAAAUACAAACUACCUGCGGUGGAAGUUUGAAGACGUCAGAGCCACAGAAUCGUUCGGAGAGAAGCGAGAAGAGUGAAGAAGCUGCCGUGACAACAGUUUCCCCACCGAAGACUCGAUUAAGGAUUUCUGUUGCUGACAAAGAGAAGCUGUUAAACUGGGACGUCGGGGUCACACCUGAGGAAACUCCCCUGAGCACAGACACCAAACCUCCGCAGCAAGUCCAGGUGCCGGCAGAGACGGGAGCAGAUAAGCCUCGUGCAGAGUCGAGCCAGGACGGAGAACCGUCCCGGAGCCAAACCUCCUCCCACUCAGCCUUCCAGCUCAUAGCCAGUGCCUUCAGGAGGACGUUCAGUGCGACCAAUCCCUCAAGUGGCUCCAACACCGCGGUCAUGAUGAGACAUAAACGAAACGGCCCCCUCAGGCAGAGGCCCAUGUCGGAGGGAGCGUUCAGCUUUGGCUCCCUCUUCAGUUCCAUGAAUCAAGAGCCAUCCAGAGAGGAGGAGGAGGAGGAGGUGGAUGAGGAGGAGAAGCCUAAAGUACGGUGGGCGUCUGCAGGGGCCGAUCCGUGGGGGGCCGGGCGGGAUCUGCCCUCGCUGCUGCAGCAGGUGUCCCUGAAGAGCCGCAGAGACUCCGGAGGGCUGUUUUCUGACGACAUGGGCUCGCUGCCCCGCAGGAGGCUCAACCUGUUCUCCUCCCUGAGGCUGAGGAAGAGGGAGGUGUCGGAGAGCGAGGGGAAGGAGCAGGAGGUGCAGAAGGAGAUCAGGACCAUUCUCACCAACCUCAGAAACAAAGCCUCCAGUCAACAGACUGUUGAAGCUCCUUCCUCCAGUGACGAUGAAAAUGAAAACCCGCGGCUCCGUCAGAGGUUUCAGCCGUGUCCAGAGAGACAGAGGAGGAAGCAGGAGAAGGUCGUGGCUCAGCAGACGAAAAGGGAACAGCUGAAGAGACUUCACAGAGCUCAGGUGAUUCAGAGACAACUGGAGGAAGUCGGAGAGAAGCAGAGAGACGUCGAGGAGAGAGGGGUGAUGAUAGAGAAGAUGAUCAGAGGAGAAACUGAAUCCUCCCAGACGGACGGUGACGAGGCCCGGCUCUAUCAGUCCUGGUUCAAACUUGUUCUGGAGAAGAACAGGUUGGCUCGCUACGAGUCUGAACUCAUGAUCUUUGCCCAAGAGCUUGAACUGGAGGACACACAGAGCCGCCUGCAACAAGACCUGCGAUGCCGAAUGGCCAUCGAGGAUACGGAGAAGAGCGCCUCCGAGCUCCGAGAGGAGCAGCAGAUGCUGUCGGAGAUCAUGAGGACGGUGGAGAAACGAGACAUGUUGGUGUCUGUGCUGGAGGAGCAGAGGCUGAAGGAGAAGGCCGAGGACAGAGACCUGGAGAGUCUGGUGCUGUCCAAGGGCUACGAGCUCCACUGGGCCCCGGCGGACGACAGCUGGGGGCAGGAGAGGCUGGAGUGUGAGGGUUGAGUGUUGCAACACCAUUUUUAAAGAAACUGAAUUUUACCACAAUGGAAUGUCGUGAGGAUGGAAAACGUCUCGAAGACGACAGCGAGGCCUCACUUCUCGUUCACGUCCGGCCGAGCGCAGACACUGAAGCUGAUUUCAGAAUCGGGUCCGGACAUUUUCCAGCGUUUGAGUUUCUCCUGUGAAGCAGCAGCAGCAGACCGUCCGGGUCCGACUCGUUCACAAGAACAUGUUGGAGCCUGUAGAGCAGCGGGAGGUGACAGCGCAUCCACACCGGCGUCGGCCCUCAUCACCAAAAGCUCUGGAAUCUCCUCGUCUUCUUCACCCUGUGAAUUCUCCACACAUCACCCCACUGCAUUCUCACAUGGAUUCACUCCGACACUGAACCAGGGGGUCGGGAGGAGACGUUCCAGAAAAACGUCUGGAGCCAAAGUUUCACAUGUUUGCAUUGUCACAUAUAACAUUUAAACACCUCAUGAACCAAACUGAGGCAUCAACAGCUGCUUCUCGUGCUUAAGAACUCCGCCUUCGUCCUGAAGCUCUCAGUGUUUGUCACGGCGCGAAUUGUUUUAAGUUUGUGUCACAGAAACAGAGUUGUUCACUGUUGGUCACUUUGUGUGAGUGCAAGACCUCUUGUGUGUGUGUUUUAAUCAUUUUUUUUUUCUCACUUUGUGCUUGAACACUGUCAAAUAAUAUUUAAAGGUAUUUACACUCGGACACUAAUGAACUCGGGGGAAACGUGCUCCCGUCCGCAGAUGUGUGAGUGUGAUGCAGCUUCUCACUGGACAGAAACAUGCUGCUGCUCGUCGCAGCUCCAGAUGUGCAGGAGAUUCCCUCUGAGCUCCUGUAGCUGCUGUCGGUCGAACUGUGAUCGUCCUGCUGCGUGAGACGACGUGGAGGCUCGUCGUCCUCAUGGAGACGAAUAUCGUGUUUACGUGAAUCUUAAGCCUCGAAUCAGGAGCAAACACUUUCUCCUUCGGCUUUAAAACGUUUGGUCAUGAUGUGAAUUAACAAAACACUAAAUCAACAGUAAGUUAUAUUUUCAUGUGAUGUUUCUGUGCGUUUUGGUUUUAUGCUGCUUCAAAUCUUUUAAUA